UUUGAUUCGCCGUCAUCUUUUACCUGAGCUGUUUGUACCAAUUAAAGCUCAUAGGUAUAUGGCAGUAAAGACUAUGGGUCAACAACUAUUUCUUCUUAUGUUAUUAUUAUUAAUAUUAUUAAUAGGUCCGACGGCGGCGUUUGUUAACAAUGUUAGCGACGCUCCGGGUAUGGCUCGAGCGGGAGAAGAAGACCAGGCGGCGGCGCCGGUGGGCGCUCGUUUAGGCGAGUGCAACUUGUUCAGGGGGAAAUGGGCCGUAGAUCCAUCGUAUCCUCUGUACCAGCCCAGCAGCUGCCCAUUUCUUGACCCGGAAUUCGAUUGCCUCAAAUUUGGCCGCCCCGAUAAACGCUACCUCAACUAUGCUUGGAAGCCAGAGUUUUGUAACUUACCCAGGUUUGAUGGGGUGGAGCUGUUGAAGAGAUGGAAUGGGAAGAAGGUAAUGUUUGUGGGUGACUCACUGAGUCUGAACAUGUGGAACUCGUUGGCUUGCAUGAUUCACGCUUCCGUCCCCAGCGCCAAAACCUCCUUUUCCCGCCAGCUACCUCUCUCCUUUGUGUCCUUUAAUUUUAAGAAGUAUGGAGUAACUUUGUACCUUUAUCACACAACAUACUUGGUGGAUAUAGUAAAGGAAGAUAUAGGAAGGGUUUUGAAAUUGGAUUCCAUAGAACAAGGCCAAGCAUGGCUAGGAAUGGACGUCUUGAUCUUCAACACGUGGCAUUGGUGGACUCAUAAGGGACGAUCUCAACCAUGGGAUUAUGUACAAGAUGGGUCAAAGGUGUACAAGGAUAUGGACAGGCUGCUGGCAUUCUACAAGGGCUUAUCAACUUGGGCAAAAUGGGUGGACCUCAAUGUUAAUCCUUCUAAUACUACAGUCUACUUUCAAGGAAUAUCCCCCACUCAUUACAUGGGAAACGAAUGGAUGUCGUCGUCGACCAGAAACUGCAACGGCGAGCAACUCCCACUAGAAGUAUCAAAGUAUCCGGCGGGGACACCAGAAGCCGCCGUAGUUGUUGACAAAGUCCUAAGCAGGGUCAAGAAGCCGGUUCAUCUUCUGGACAUCACUUUUCUGUCUCAGCUUAGAAAAGACGCGCACCCAUCUACGUACGGUGGGGGUGGCCAUUCAGGCGUGGAUUGCAGCCAUUGGUGUCUUCCUGGACUCCCCGAUACCUGGAACCACCUUCUCUAUGCUUCUCUAUUUAUGUGAUGGCAAUAUACGAUCACCUCGUACAUACAUACAUAUUACAUAUAUGUGUAUCGUCUUUUGCUUUUCUUUUUUUCUUGAUUUUAUUCCUCCUACGGUGCCCGGUUCCAAGCACGCAUUCAGAUAAGUUUAUAUUAAGCACCUCAGCAGAAGUGAAUAUAUAGACAAAAUCAGUAUGUGUUUAUAUAUAUUGUAGUUUUAAGAGGUAAUACGUCAUCUUAUAACGUAACCACUUUUCAGAGACGGAAAGUUUGUUCUUUUGUUCCGUUUUCGUAUCUAUUUUUUCUCACCCUUUUUUACUUCACUUACUCAUUCUUCCAAAACAUACUUCUCAAUGUGGAAAAAGCAAAUCUUCCAAUGCAACCUCCAACUCCAUCAUUAGACUUCAGUGUUCAAACUUUCCCAUAUUCAUGGAUUCACCUUUUCCACAUCUAGGGUAAAAUAGAAUCACCUACAAUAGUAAAAUCCCACGAACGUAGGGUCUGAGGAGGGAAGGAGUAAUAAGUAAGAAUCCAACCUGAUGGCCGUACAGCGUAUGUAAAUAGCCAAGGAUAGAAAAUCGAAUCCAAUGCAGAACUGGAGAAUGAAUAAUAAAAUCUGCG